AUGAACUCGAUACACCGCAUAAACGCCAUCAAUGAAAAGGAACUAGAAUCCAAUGUUUCUGAUGCUGCCUCAUGGCAUCAGGAUUACGCUGACACCUCAUAUAUAUAUGUGGGUAACCUCCAUGAGAAGAUUCAGGAAAUCGAUCUCGUGAAGAUAUUCUCCCAGUGGGGAAACCCUACUCAUGUUAACUUGAUAAAGGACAGAGACAGCGGGAAAUCUAGAGGCUUUGCCUACUUGAAAUACGAAGACCAACGAUCUUGUGUUUUAGCAGUCGAUAACUUCAAUGGCGUGCUAAUAUACGAGCGCCCACUAAAGGUUGACCACACAUACUACCAGCUACGGGAUGGCCAGGAGGAGGACGAUUUUGCUGUUGAUUAUCUGGAAGCAAGGCCUGCUCAAAUCGAGGCUCCAAAAAGCCCGAAAAGGGAAGAGAAGCAGAUCAAGAGAGUGGAGCAUGUGGAAGAAGCCAAGACCAUCGAGGUUGGCUCGUCAGGAGUCGCGGAAAUGGCAGUCUCAGAGGCAUUUGUUGCUGAUGACGAUGACUUCAACGACCCAAUGGCCAAUUUGUCCGAAAAGAAGCACAGGAAGCGAAGACACAGGGACAAGGAGGGACACAGAGACGAGGAGAGGAAACACAGAAGGAGGGUUGAAAAGAAGGAUGUAGAAGAGACUACAACCAGUUGA